UCGCAGAGUCAGCGUUAUUCUUCUGAUUUUAUCUGCGAUGGGUGGUUCAUUUCUUAUCGUCUAUUAUCUCCUCUCCGUUUCUUUUUCAUUGCCAAUUCCCUCUAUUGCAAUCGCUAGCACAGAUGCUGAUCUCGCUCAACCUUCUUUUAUUCCUAUCAACCGGGAUCUUUACCAUUCCAGUGAUGCUUUGAUUGAACAAAUAAAGUCGUUGGUUCAUCGACACCCUGACAAACUCACUGUAGAAACAAUUAGAGCUGGAAACAAAGGGUACAAGUCAGAGAUAACUGUUGUUACUUAUUGCCACAGUAGGAAAGACAGCGAUGACAAAUCCAAGUUCCGGAUCCUUCUUAGUUUUGGGCAGCAUGGACGGGAGCUUAUUACAUCUGAACUGGCAUUGCGGAUCUUGUCCAUCUUAAGUGAAGAACAGUUUCUACCGAAAAUGGAUCGAGCUUCCUUAAAUAGUACCCUCGAGAAUGUUGUCGUAAAGGUAGUGCCAAUGGAGAAUCUAAACGGUCGGAAGCUUGUUGAAGCAGGAAAUCUUUGUGAAAGGAGAAAUGGUAAUUCAAUUGAUCUUAAUAGGAAUUGGAGUGUAGAUUGGGGAAAGAAGGAGAAGGAUUAUGAUCCAUAUGAAGAGAAUCCUGGAAUUGCUCCUUUUAGUGAGCCUGAGACCCAAAUCAUGCGGAAGCUUGCCGUAUCAUUCGAUCCUCACAUAUGGAUUAAUGUACACUCUGGAAUGGAGGCACUAUUUAUGCCAUAUGACCACAAAAACAGAACCCCGGAUGGAUUGCCUUCUCAGCAAAUGAGAUUGUUGCUUGAAGAGCUGAAUAAUGUUCAUUGCCACAACCGUUGCAUGAUUGGUUCUGGUGGAGGUUCUGUCGGGUAUCUGGCACAUGGGACAGCAACAGAUUACAUGUAUGAUGUUGUAAGAGUCCCCAUGCCAUUCACCUUUGAGAUCUAUGGAGAUAGUACGGCCACAACAAAAGACUGCUUUAAAAUGUUCAAUCCUGUUGACCAUACCACCUUCAAGAGAGUUCUCAAUGAUUGGGCUGCUGCUUUUUUCACAAUAUUUAAGCUGGAACCACGUCAGAUUGAUGUCCAGUCCAAGGCACAUAAGGUGGAUAAAUGGGUGUCCAUUGACGACUACUUCGGCUUAAUGGGAAGGAGAAACAGAUAUGGGAAGAAGAUGGAGGUUCUCGAGGUCGGAAUGCAGGAAAUAAGAACGUAUUUCAGACUUUUCUUGCUGUCAUCGGUAUUGUUAUUGUUCAUGUUCUGUUCUCGAAUUUCAAAAACCGGCAGACAAAUCGUUUCGGCCAUUCCUCUGUGAAUUUUUACGUCAGAUACGAACUCAGAACAACGGCACAAGAAUGUUGUGAUUUUGUACACGUUAAUUAGAUGCCUCCUUUUUUGUAUGUCGAUUACAUUCUUCUUAGAUACUGUAGAUAUUACUUUUACCAUUUCCGGUGUAUCAAAGCUAAUUCUU